GGUGACCUUUCGCGACUGGUGACUUGUGGUGGCUAUAAAAUCUCUUUUUUGCACUAAGUUUUAUUCCUUUCCUAGUGAUUUAACUAUCGAGCUUUCUACAAAAAAUGUUCCGAAUUUCCCUUUUUUAAUUUUUUUUUGCACUUUUUAAAAAAUAAGUUUUGGAAAGAUAUCUUGCCAUAUGUAACGACAUAGAACUGCACAUAUAACAUGAAAGACGUUUUAUUUAAAAAUGUGUCUCUGGAUGAUGUUUUUUGUCCUAAUAUCUCGUUGAAAAUCUUAUUCUGCGCUUAGGUUUAUGUUGAGUUCAUCGUUAAUUCGCAUAAGAGUUGUGCUUUCAUAAGACGACAUCUACUCUUUUGUCUUAAAAUAGGCUUUAUGUCAUCUGAAGUCUGCUAACUACACAUCUGUGACCUUAACCCAACUAAUUUAAGUCAAUGCACAUGAAAAGUCUUAUCAACACAAUCGAGGUCGGCAAUGUAUGUACCUAUUUGUGUUGAGUUUUGUCUUUUUCCGCAGGUGAAUUACGUUCAGUUUUAUAUUCUGAAUUUAUGUACUUUAAGCCUUAUUUUUACUUUAGCGUUAUUUUAUUUGAUCAUUUUAAAGUCGGGCAAUGCCAGGCUUCCCCUUUUUUCCAGAAAAUAGUUCUUCACCUUUGCUUAUUUCUAAUCUUCUAUUCAGUCAAGCCCAAGUCCUCUUUCGUUAAAGCAUAAUGGCAUUCAAUCAAUUGAUUAUUUCAACUAUUUAUUUAAACACAUCAACGUUUGCAAAAGAAGGUACUAAAUAAUUAUUCACCACACCCCAUCAUCUGAUUUGUGAGGGCCGGAAUACUGCCUGGGAACCGAAACCAAGUUGGGUGGUAAUUUUCUGGGGGCCAUACCCCGAACGUUUGACCUAGUAAUUUAAUCCACAAGGCAGUGAGGCAACGUUAAGAUAUGUGUUCCCAUGGUAGCUUUUCAUCCUCACAAUCUCAUAAACAUCCCCGCGGCUAUAAGGCAAUCAGUAGGAGUUCCCUUGCAAUAGUUAUAUUCGUGUGGCUAUGUGAGAAUUUUUAAAAGGGAGAGCGGACUCUCCUUGCUCUCGACUAUAUCAAGGAAUUUUCGAUCCCAUUAAUUGGGAUACAGUUAUGUACAGUUUUACAGUUCAUAUAAUACGACCAUUAUUCUGUAUCGUCAUUAAGUGUCCAUGUCACACAUAGCCUUGUCAACUUCGUCUUUUACAGCUUAUCGUUAGAACUUCAGUAUUGUCGUUGUAGUGUAAGUUAGUUUUAAGCACUGGAUUACCACUCAGUGCACUGUUUAUAGGAUUUACUAUUGUUGUAACCACAUAUUUUCUAUUCAUGGCAUUACACAUAGGUUAAGUAGUUUGUCAAAUAAAUAGGAUUAUUCCUCAUGAUUAUAUCGCAAUAGAGAUUUCUCCAAAACAAAUUUAAUUCUAAUUGCAGUGGUGAAACGAGAGAAAUAAGACAAAUUCAGAAUACUGCGUUGUUCAGAAAGUGAUUUUUCAAUGAAAGGAUACAUGCAUCAAUUUGGUAUCCUUAAGUUACUUGAUAUUGAUUCAAAACAUUUCUUGAACCUACACUAGAACGUAUACAAUCCCGUUUCGAAGCAUAUAUUAACGAUUUAUGACGUCACAAAAUAAUUACUUUCCUUGACUUUUAAAAGAUUUCCAUCCUACCUUAACAAUGAUCCAUUUUCAAGGUGGACACUGGAUGAGGUUUCAGGAUGUUUCGGUUUCUUUAUUCCAUAUUUGGUCACAACUUUAUCGGUGUACUUACAAUGACUUUUGCCUAAUAUUGGCUGUAUUUAAUAUUUAUUAUCAUAUAAGUAGUACUUUCGUGUUAUUAACCUAGUCUCUGAUUUCUUGUUGCAAUUGAUAUACUAUGCAUUCUUAUGUCAUAAUAAUCACCCAUUAAUAAACAUUUCAGUAUUAUCGUAUUCACCUUAAUUCAAAUAACAUUAAGUCUGCUAAUAGUGUUUUUUAGUAACCGUUUCGAGAUUUAAAUAACUACCAAUUCACAAAAGUCUGAUGCUAUUUAAACAAACGUAGUGACCGGCAGUAUCGUAUAUCCAACUAAAUUAUGUUUAGUAUUUACACCUUAGGUUCUGAUAAGUUAAUUUCUUUUUAUUUAUUUAAAAUAGACAAUGUAAAGUAAGCUGCUUUUCAUAUAUGACUAGUUUCAUAUUUUCAGAUGCAAUUGUACAACAAUAAAGAAAAAUAUUUCAAAUACAUUGAAAAACAUUCAACUGUUUUCGGUUUUCUUCUAUAUCUGAUUGGACUGAUAUGGUUUUGUCUUUUGUCUCAAGACGAGCUCAACUAUAAAACUUAUAUGAGCGAGAAUGCCCUACUUAUUGGUCAAGUGAAUGAAAUCUUUGAUGAUGUUUCUUCCUCUGUUGAAUUUUAUGAAGAAUCUAAGAAGGCAUUUAAAUCUAAUGAGAUUAUUGGUUUAAAACAAUGGUUAUCUAUACAGCUUAGCACAAUCGGUCUAGAAGUUUAUUCACAGAAUUUCAGUUUCUCUCAUGAUAUACUUUCGCCCUUAAAGUCAAUUAAUGGAUCGAAUUUAUACGGCAUUAUGAGGUCACCAAGUGGUGGUCGAACUGAAGCACUUGUGAUUAUUACGUCAUUAGGUGAUAAUCCAACUUAUUUUGGAAGUCUUGCUUAUGUUUUAUCCCUGAGUAAACUGUUCAGAAAUCAAAUACACUGGGCUAAAGAUAUAAUCUUCCUGUUUCCGGAAUAUGAAUAUAUUGGUUUGAUGGCAUGGCUUGAAGCUUACCAUGGGACCAUAAAUUCAGACAAUCUCUUCUGGUCAGAACUUGAGGGUAGAAGUGGUAGUAUUCAAGCUGGUUUAAGUUUGGAAUUCCCUAAUUUGUACCAGUCAGCAAUUGAUAUAUUGCCUGAAGGUCCUAAUGGUUUAUUAGCUAAUUUGGACUUAGUAAACACUGUUGUUCGACUAGCUGAAGCCCAUUAUGUGGUAACACGUGUUAAUAGUCAGCCUUAUGAUUAUAGACGGGUUACAUUUGGAACUAGAAUAAAUGAUAUGAUGGGGCUAAUAAAGGCAGUUUGGAAUCAAGGAUCAAAUUCUCCAACUGGUUUACAUGGUCCUCUAAUUAAUUAUCAAAUUCCUGCUAUUACAUUACGGGCAGAACAGAAACACCGAUCCACAGUUCCACGUAGUUCAGAAGUUCUUUCAGUUACAAGAUUACUUGAAGGUAUUCUUCGUUCGAUAAAUAAUUUACAAGAAAGAUUUCAUCAAUCAUUUUGGUAUUAUUUCCUCCCUAAUCCAUAUCGAUAUAUUUCAAUUGGUGUUUAUAUGCCACCAGUUUUGAUCAUGAUUUUAAGCCUUUUAUUAAAGCCAGUUCUCUUUUGGAUGUUAUUAAAUCAAUCCGAUUCGGAUAAUAAUAAUGAUGAUGAUGAUCAAAUGAUGAUGAAUAAAAAAAUAGACUCGUCUAUAUUAACCAAUUCCAAUUCAUCUCAAUUAGAUAAUCAUCAUAUUGAGAAAUUAGUCGAUGAUAAUACUCAAUUAAUUAAUAAUAACCAAACAAUUCGUCAGCGUAAUCAAAAAAAGUCAAUCAUUGAAAGAAAAUCGAUUGUGAAUGAAAGAAAAAAUGAUCAAAAUGAAAAGCAACUUGAAUCUAAUUCACCGUUAUACUCUAGCGCCACUCCUCCAUAUAUACUAUGCUUAAUUGUGCGUCUUACUUUAUGCUUUUCUACGGGAUUUUUACUGCAUUCUUCACCUAAGUAUUUAUUUAAGUUAUCCAACUUAUUAUUAGUUGGCAGCCAGUCAAUCAAUUCCACUUUUAAGUUGGUUGAUAUAUUUCUAAUCGGUAUUACUACUUUAAUAAUUGCCGUCAUGAUUGUUUUACCAAUCCUUAUGCUUAUCAUAAAAAAACUUUUGAAUUUAUAUGAAGCAGAUAAACAAGAUCUUACCGGCCAGUUAUGUCUUUUUAGUUGGGCAUUAUUUUUAAGUUGUUUGACAUGCUUAAAUAUAUCAUCAGCUGUUGUUCUCGGUAUUCCAAUUGUUCCUCUGUUAAACUUAUUUGUACAGAGAAAAGACAAUAUCGAAAUUAAAAAAUCAUUUACAAUGAAACUAGUAAAAUGUUUCACUAUCAUUGGCUGGUUAAUUACAUUUACACCGAUAUUAAUUAUUGUAAUGUGUAUCAUCAAUUCUAGAAUUCAACAACAACAUUAUCCAAUAAGUGUAAAUGCUGUUCGAAAUUGUUAUGAAAAAUGCAUUUUACAAAGUUUGAUUGAAGCAGAUUUAUUUGGUUGUUGGACAUGGCCAGUUAUUACAUGUGGAUAUACAUCAUUAUGGUUAUUAACAUGGUUAGCUAUUUUCUGAAUAACGAUCAUAAUGUUAAAAGAAUAGAACAUGGAAACAUGCAUGAAUUGUUAUUGUGCAAAAAUAUAUCACAUAAUUCUGAUAUAAACUUUGUCUUCUCAUUGCAUUAUGGAAAAUUAAUUGUUAUUGUUGUUUCAUUUUUCUUAUGUAUAUUUUUCAAUUAUCCAUUUAUCAGUUCAUUUUUGUAUCUAAUAUAUAUGUAUUUGUAAUAAAUCGUAUUCAGUUGA